UGUGUACUUGUGCUGUUUCCCCUUUGUUCUUAUUUGAGUUGAAUCUAUUUUCAGAUAUAGUUGCUCUCUUUUUUCCUUUGUAAUUUCCAACAAACACUAUCAAACUGCAAAAUGAGGGAAAUUGUGCACAUCCAAGCCGGUCAGUGUGGAAACCAAAUUGGAGCCAAAUUCUGGGAAGUCAUCUCUGACGAACAUGGCAUUGACCCUACAGGAACCUACCACGGAGACUCUGACUUGCAAUUGGAGAGAAUAAAUGUGUACUUUAAUGAAGCUAGCGGAGGAAAAUACGUGCCCAGGGCAAUCUUGGUGGACUUGGAACCCGGAACCAUGGACUCAGUUAGGUCGGGACCCUUCGGACAAAUUUUCAGACCCGACAACUUCAUCUUCGGUCAAUCUGGUGCUGGCAACAAUUGGGCUAAAGGUCACUACACCGAGGGGGCAGAACUAGUAGAUUCCGUUUUGGACGUGGUCCGAAAAGAAGCAGAAGGCUGCGACUGUCUCCAAGGGUUCCAGUUGACUCAUUCAUUGGGAGGUGGUACCGGAUCUGGAAUGGGAACCCUCCUUAUCUCCAAAAUCCGAGAGGAGUACCCUGACAGAAUCAUGAACACUUUCUCAGUUGUACCUUCUCCCAAGGUAUCUGACACGGUCGUGGAGCCAUACAACGCCACCUUGUCUGUUCAUCAGCUGGUUGAGAACACUGAUGAGACCUACUGCAUUGAUAACGAGGCACUCUACGAUAUCUGUUUCCGCACUUUGAAGUUGACCACUCCAACUUACGGCGAUUUAAACCAUCUGGUCUCAGCAACUAUGUCAGGGGUGACCACAUGUCUUCGAUUCCCUGGUCAGUUGAACGCGGACUUGAGGAAACUGGCUGUCAACAUGGUUCCUUUCCCCCGUCUGCACUUUUUCAUGCCUGGGUUCGCGCCUUUGACCUCGCGAGGAUCGCAGCAGUACCGAGCAUUGACUGUCCCGGAACUGACUCAACAAAUGUUUGACGCUAAGAAUAUGAUGGCCGCUUGUGAUCCUAGACAUGGGCGAUACCUAACAGUGGCGGCUAUGUUUAGAGGCCGAAUGUCUAUGAAGGAGGUGGAUGAACAGAUGUUAAAUGUGCAGAAUAAGAACAGCAGCUACUUCGUCGAAUGGAUCCCGAACAACGUUAAGACCGCUGUAUGUGACAUUCCCCCCAGGGGUCUCAAGAUGUCGGCGACCUUUAUUGGGAACAGCACCGCAAUCCAAGAGCUGUUCAAGCGAAUCAGCGAGCAGUUCACUGCUAUGUUCAGACGAAAGGCGUUUUUGCAUUGGUACACUGGGGAGGGUAUGGACGAGAUGGAAUUCACUGAGGCCGAGAGCAACAUGAAUGAUUUGGUGUCCGAGUACCAACAGUACCAAGACGCCACCGCCGAGGAAGAGGGAGAGUUUGACGAAAACGAGGAGGAAGCUGAAGAAGCGUGAAAAAACUGUGAAUUAUAUUUUCCGGAAUGCAAUCGAAUUAAUUUUUAGCGCUCUGCGUGCAGUAACUUGUGCAAUAUUAUUUAGAGUAUUUGCCUGAUUAAGUAACCAAGUAUACAUUUCUUUAAAUUGCGAAGAUAAAUUAUUGUACA